AUGCUCGAUGCCUCUGGCGGCCCAGUGUCGUUGACGGCGUCGUUCAACCGUGACAGCACCUGUUUCUCCGUUGGGCUGGACUCGGGGUUCUGUGUAUUUAAUGCGGACCCCUGUGAGCUUAAAGUAUCAAGAGACUUUAAUGCCGGCAUCGGAAUCAUAGAGAUGGUCGGGCAGUCCAACUACCUGGCCGUCGUUGGAGGAGGCCAGACGCCCAAGUUUCCACAGAACAAGGUGAUCAUCUGGGACGAUGCGAAACAAGUCGCGGCGAUGACGCUUGAAUUCCGCACCUCGAUCCUACGAGUGUGUAUCACCAAGUCUCGCAUCGCAGUUGCUCUCCAUGAUUGCGUUCAUCUCUACGCAUUUUCAGUGCCACCAGAGAAGAUAGCCGUCUAUGAGACUGGAGAUAACCCGCAUGGUCUUGCGUGUCUGGGAGAGACCCAUAUCGCGGUUCCCGGCCGGUCUCCCGGGCAGGUUCAGCUCAUCGAGCUAAAGACGGGGAAUGUGAACAUUCUUCCAGCCCACACGUCGCCGCUGAGUGCGAUGACGUUUAGUGGUGACGGUGCUGUCCUGGCCACGGCAAGCCAAACGGGAACUAUAAUAAGGGUCUUUGCUACCAGUAACGGUGCCAAGAUGGCCGAACUUCGAAGAGGACUUGACCAGGCAGAGAUAUUCUCAUUAGCUAUUUCACCCUCCAACACUCUUCUUGCAGUGACCUCUGACAAAGCAACUCUGCACAUAUUCGACAUCCCACACGCACGGAACGAGCAGGACAGCAGCAAUCCACCAACAGCUACCCCUGAAGAAUCCGCAAAUCGCGGAUGGGGGAUUCUAGGAAAGCUUCCAUUCCUUCCUCGUGUGUUUUCAGACGUCUAUUCAUUCGCCAGUGCCAGGUUUGAUAUUGGCGAGGAGCCAGUUGGCUCCCAGUACGUUCCGCCACCUGGUGCACCCUCUGAACGACCGUCAAAGGGCAUUAUUGGUUGGACGAGCGAUCAGACUUUACUCGUAAUCGGUGCUGGCAAGGCUGAGCCGGAUGGAAGCGAUACCUCGGAAGCUGAAAGCGUUGUUUGA